AUGACUAUGUCCAAGAGGGAUAAGAGGAAAUCAGAGGUGCUAAUUGCAGCACAAUCUUUGGAUCAGGAAGUUCAACAUGUUAAAAAUUUGAAACGGUUGUCUAUAGGAUCCAUGGAUCUUCUUAUGGAUCCUGAAAUGGAAUACCGUGUUUCAACGAGGCAGAGCUCACCGACAAGUGUUAAUAGUCAGGAAAUAAAAAGACGUUCUACAUCAGGGACAUCAACAGACAGUGACAUAUCACCGGUAUCGCAAGAUUCUAUUCUCGAAACGCCGGUAACCCAAGAAGGCACUCCUGAUGAAACAUUUACAUCCGGCGAAGAUACCACUAUCGGAGGUACGGCGGAUGAAGAGGAUGAUACUUAUUCUUUUACCGAUGACAGUAUGGACGUGACGAAUGCGGAAUAUUUGGAUCAGGAUGCUCAGGCAAAUCUAACAAAUAGUACAUAUCAACAAGAACCACUUCCGAAACGAAGAGUAUUGAGCGGGUCUGUUGCUGGACAGUUAAGAUCACGGUCAACAUCGGGAUCCAGUGAUGGAAAAGAAGAGUUAAAGCAUAGUGAAUCUCUAAGUCAAAAUCUACUAUGGGUUAGAGCAGAUCAACAUCCUAAUGUGAAACCGGAAAACUACUUAGAAUUAGUACAAAACACGUUAGAAAACCUGAAUCUUGACGACCAUACUGCGGCAAAUGAUGUACAAGCACACUCCUUAUCCGAUCUUAAGAUUUUACGUAGAAGAUCUUUGCAAUCACAAAAUUCAUUGGCAAGAAGGCCAUCAAGGUUACGGAAGUCAUAUACUGAAAUCUCGGAAGAUGUAGAUGGCACACAGCAGACAGAGGAUAACGCGAAGCAACUGCUUCUCCCUGUUUCUGUACCAUCACUAAAAGAGACUAGACGUACGAUGUCCCUCAAGGAUAUCACCGAAGAAUUAACAAAGCUCUCUAACCAGGCUGGCUUAACAGAUACGGACGCUGUUACUCUCGCGAGAACCCUAAGAGUAGCUGAUAACAUACCCGACGAAGAAAAUGAACAGAACAAAAAUCAUGGCCCUCAACAGGAAGAAGAUGAUAGCGAAUAUGCAUCAACGAUGCUAAUAAAGAAUAGAUUCACAUUACCUGCUAGACACUCUUUGAGAAGAAGUAAAUUCAAUACUUACAGAAUUCAAUCGUUUGAUUCAAAUGAAGAAAUUGAAAACGGUGCCUUGGGAAUGAACCACAGGUCCCCGUCCGGCACCAAUUCUCCAAAUUCUAUCAUAGGAAUGUAUAAUGAUGAACCCUACUACGAGAAAAAACCUAUAGUCCAAGAAUUUUUCUCUACUCUUCCUGCAAACGAUGAUCUUGAAAGUGACACAUCUACCGAGGAAGCAGACUCAAGUACUGAUUUUAGCAAUGAAUUGUCUGCAGAGUUAGAGACUGCUAACACUUCACAGAGGGUGAUGAGUGACAGAAGUGAUAAUACAACUAAAUGGAAGUGGUCACAAAAUACUACAACAGCCGUUGACUUCCAACAAGCUCAAAGCGUACCAAAAGAUAAUCUUUCCCCUUAUAAAAUUAACCAUUCAAGAAAUCGUCAUAACGUGCCCUCUUCGAGCACAGGACUUAAUACCAGCGAGACAAGCAUUCAUAGUGGGAACAGUACUCUAAGCAGCAGUAGUUCUACAUUAAGCUUGGGAACAUCUAAAGUUUCAGUACCAGAGGUUGAAGCUAAAAAUGUGCCGCUAUCGCAUGUUGGACCUCAAAAACAGCAUUUAGAUAAACCUCUUCCAGCAAUCGAGGACAAAAAGGGUAAAAAGAGCGGUCAAAGUCAAAAUAAGUUUAUUAAAUUCUUCAAGAAAAGAACGUCUUCUUCAGAGAGUAAAAUGUUAAAGGAACUGAACUCAAACUUGAACCAUGAUACCCAAGUACGAGAAUUAAAACAAAAACAAUCGGGAAAUGGACUAUCCACUAAAUUCAAAAUCAGUCCGAAGAAGUCUAGUAAAACUGAGCUUUCUAAAUUUGAACAGAUAAAGCAUAGAGGGAAGGUAAUCAUCGAAUUUGAUCGAGACAAGAAGGAAUCUAAAAGAAAAGCGUCGUUACAGCCAGCAGUUACGGUUACAAAAGCUAAUGACGAGGUUAAACUCCAAAAAGAACCUCGUGGCCAAUUGGGUACGAUAAUAUACGAAGACAAUGUCAACAAUAUGGGUGAUGGUAAUGUGCAUGGAAACGCAGCAUCCAAGACCAAAUCUCACGACAAUUAUGACGACGAAGUGGAAGUAUCUGAGUUUUCAGUCCAAGAAGACUCCUUCACUAGUUUGAACUCUGGUCAGAGCAAUAUCAGCUUGAGCAAAGAACCUAUGCUCACUUCCAUGGAGCAGAACUCACCAAACUCUAACGAGUCGAUACACUCUUCUCCGACAUCACCCGCAUCCGCAUCCGCGUCCCCACCUGUCCCGUUACAAACAAAUGCCCAGACUCAGGAGGAACUAAGGCUUGAACAGGAACAGCUCCCCACACUACCUGACAAUAACUAUCCUCUACCACCUCGUAAACUCACUUUCGAUGAUGUGGUGAAACCUGACAGGCCAAAUGCGCCAAUGAAGUUCACCGAUUCCGCAUUCGGGUUCCCUCUCCCACCAUUAACGAUAUCAACCGUCAUCAUGUUCGAUCACAGGCUACCAAUACACGUUGAGCGUGCCAUAUACAGACUUUCACACCUAAAACUAAGCGAUCCAAAAAGGGUUCUACGACAACAAGUGCUACUCUCCAACUUCAUGUAUGCAUAUUUGAACUUGGUGAACCACUCUCUAUACCUCCAACAACUCGAAGAAGAAAGAAUGGGAGGCCAAGGAUCUUCCCAAUUGGGAUCCGGAAAUCCAUUGAUCGACAUACCGGACAUCUAA